AUGAAGACUGGCGCUGCGAUCUACGAGGCCAACCGCAUCACUGCCGCCAAAGUGAAACGUGAAGCCCGCAAAUCACAACUUCGCCCAGUACGCAACGCCGCCGCACAACCGCUUCCAACGUGUCCUCGAUGUCAACGGAAAUUCCGGGCUCGAAUCGGACUUGUUGGACAUCUCCGUAUCAACUGCGCCUCUAGAACUGCACCAACCAUCGUCCCCCAGCCCGCCUCUUCCUCGUCCUCUCUGCCGCCAAUUAACUCUCUGAAUUCUUCUGAACCACCCCUUCCAUCCUCCUCCUCCUCUGCCCCAACGACGGUCCCAACGGCGGCCACUCAGGCAGCCGUCUCGCACAUCACCAAACCCGACACAACGACCGACACCACCCCCACCUCUCCCGACUCCAGCGAUGAGGAUCAGGACUACACCUGCCCUCACUGCGACCGAAACUUCACCUCACACAUCGGCCUGGUCGGUCACUUGCGAAUCCAUCGCGCAGACACUGGCGAACCAGUGCCUGGAGCACCAACCUACACCCACCGCACUCGUUUCCACUGCCCACAUUUCCCUCGCACCUUCACGCAUCGCAUGGGUCUAUUCGGCCACAUGCGCAUCAACGAGAGCGGAAUUGACCGCAAUCCCGACACACCCACCACAUCCAACACAUCCACCAUGCCCAACCCCACCCUCGCACUAUCGCCCUGCGCGCCCAUCUCCACCUCCACCGUCUGCUCUGCAGCUGACACCGACACCGUCGAUCUUCAUGCCCACACUGUCCACGCACAUUCACCUCACGCAUCGGCCUGGUCGGUCAUUUGCGAAUCCAUCGCACGGAGUCUGGAGAACCAGUGCCUGAAACACCAACCUAUACCCACCAAGCUCGUCUCAACUGCCCACACUGCCCUCGCACCGUCAGGCAUCUCAUGGGCCUAUUCGGCCACAUGCGCAUCCACGACGACCUGCGGUAGACAACUGCCGGUUACACCACACAUCCGCACACUCCUUACCCUCCUUCAUCAUCACCACUACACAUCGACAUUCACCCACCUCAAGCACCCAACCGCCACCUCCCACGCAAGUGGAAAGUGUGCAUCUCGACUCGUUUCCCAUGCGGCUUCGGCUGCAGGGGUGACUUGA